AUACUGCAGGGCUUUACGGCAGCUGGGCUCGUGCCAGCAUUUGCGGUUGUACCUCUGCACAGUGACCGCGAGAUGGCGCCGGAGAGCCACCGCGCUACAGGCUGAUGCGGUACUGCAAGGGGGGGCAGACCGGCGCACACAGGAAGUGUCUAGUCGGCUCCGCUGGCGCGGUGUGCUGCUACAGACGGGCCUGUAUUUGCUGUCGGGUGGCUGCAGUGCCUCAGAUGCACCAGGACGUGCAUAGCGCGUAGAAAAUGACGAGGAACAGGAAGAAAAGAAGAAAAAAUGAAGAGAGUGUGCAUUCUGUCGAUCUUGGCGAUCCUGAGUUUUGCUUACCUGUAUUAUUGGGGGAAGGUGGCACAGCCGUUCAAGAGGAAACAACCGAGUCUGUCAAUCCCACUCAGCCUCCAGGGCCAGGCUCUGCAGAGAGGGAACCGGUUCACUCUGACCCAGACUGCGGCUGUCCCCACCCGGACUGCCGACCGCGAUACCCUGCUCAGCCCGGAGGAAUGGGAGAGACUACGAGAAGCCAUCAGCUGGCCCUCUCCAGACCGGGCCGUCCCGUCCCUGAACGACAGCACUGACCCAGCCCGGUGCUCCUACCACGUGCCGGGCCUCCGGGCCAACUACACGGUCGGGGACAGCCUGGAGGUUGCGCUGGUGGCCAGGGAUUUCUCUGGCAGGCCCAAGCGCUACGGGGGUGACUUCUUUCAGGCCAAGCUGCACUCCCCCGAGCUCCGGGCCAGCACGUACGGCUCGGUGUCGGAUCACCGCAACGGGAGCUACACAGUCCGGUUCACCCUGCUGUGGCCCGGCCCGGCCCGGAUCGCCCUGCGCCUGAUCCACUCCAGCGAAGCCGUGCAGGUUCUGCGCGGGCAGAGGGAUCGCGACCCCAACAGGGUGUAUUUUCGGGGAUACUACGUGGAGGGGGGCAUGGAGGAGGCCGUGGUGUGCAACGCCCAAAAGAUUGGGAGCGCCCCCUACUGCGAGUACAGGGAUCCUGCCACGGGGGAGAUGUGGUUUUGCCAGAAGCCGGCCCGGCUGCCCUGCCACGCGCUGGUGUAUCACAGCAUGGGCGGCUACCAGGCGAAGCUCAGCAGCCUGGAGCAGGCCCUCCUGAGCAAAAAGGUGACGGACAUUUGGAUACGAGGAGACGACGUGAAAAUCACUGUUCUUCCACCUGAAGCAGAGAACCGAACGGAGCAGAGAUGCGUUCCUGGACUGGACACUCCGGUUCCAGCUGGGUUCUAUUUCCAGGACCGCUGGACCUCCCUGGUCUGUGCCACGUGGAGCUUCCCCAACCCUGAGCAGAUAUCAAGCUGCCUGCGCAACAAACAGCUGUACAUGAUGGGCGACUCCACGCUGCGCCAGUGGUUCGAGUACCUGGAGAAAACUGUGCCCACUCUGAAGCAGCUGGACCUGCACACCUCCUCCCAGUCGGGGCCCCUGAUGGCGGUGGACCCCGGUAACAACGUGGUGCUGCACUGGCGGGCCCACGGCCUGCCCAUCCGGACCCUCAAGGUGCCAUGGGUCAGCCUGCACUACAUCGCCAACGAGCUGGACGGGCUGGCGGGGGGCGCCCACACCGUGGUGGUCUUCACCCUCUGGGCGCACUUCACCACCUUCCCGCCUGAGCAGCUCGUCCGCCGGGUGGCCUCCGUGCGCCGGGCCGUGGUCUCGCUCCUGCACCGCAGCCCCAGCACCCUCGUGGUCAUCAAGUCGGCCAACACGGGCUACAAGGACGUGUACGGCAGCGACUGGCUGUCCCUGCAGCUGGACGUGCUGCUCCGGAGGAUGUUCCAGGGCCUCCCCGUCGUCCUCCUAGACGUCUGGCAGAUGACCUCUUGCCAAUCCUCCCCGGACAACAUCCACCCGCCCCCCACCGUGAUCCGCAACGAGGUGGACAUGUUCCUGUCCUUCGUCUGUCCUCCCUGAUGCCCCCCCUGCCCGGUGCAGCCCCUGCGCGGCACAAGGGCCCCGUUCAGCUCAGGAUCUCAGGCCUCCGGUCAGUACGGUCGGCUGCUGGACGCCGUGAUCACUUAUGUCCUCUGUCCCCUUCGCUCUCCAGCCCCCACCUUCACCUUCCUGAUCUCUCAGCCAGGCCCAUCCCGGUCGGCAUGCACAAGGGACGAGACCUUCGGCUCCGCGUUUACAGGAAUCCUGAGUAUUCGUCAGCCCUGGCGCUGAUGGCUGGACACCUGCGCGUGUCCCUGCGCCGAUCGCUUCUCAUUGAGUGGAGAGAGAGACCCGGGCGGCUGAUCUGGAUCCCGGGAGGAGGAUCCCGGGAGGACACCUUCGCCAUCACAGGCGAGCGACAGGACCGAGGCUCAAACCUGCGACCUACAGCUCACAGGGACCCUGGGGUACGUUACCAGCUGGACCACUUGGGAGGCCUGCUGGGCCCAGCGGUCACACCCUGAGAAGCCGGAAUCCCGAGGAGGAGGACUGUCGCUCCGAUGAUCAGUGGGGUACCCCCCCGGAGAGGGAGCCCGUGGGUGUAGGGCUUUGCGGGGGGGUGACCCGGGGUGAGCAGGAUAUGGACAAGCAGGACAGAAACUCCGUCCAGAAGCUUCCUGGUUCUCCGGGCUGGCCCCACGGACACCCCACAGCUGCCACACAACAGGGGUCACCCCGAGGAUCAGCGCUCAGGGAAUGGGCUCACCUGCAGCCACAACGACAGGGAGGCCAGGAGAGAGACGCUCCUCUACCAGAACCUGAACCACAACUGACUUUUAUUCUGUCUACAUCUUUUCAUUUCCCUGAAAAUUGUUAGUUUUAGAAAUGAACAGAUAUAGGAGUAUUAUGAUCUCUACAUGUCCUCAAACACCCUCCACAGAUGGGGUGGCACGCUUGUUUUGAUGCUUUCUGGGGUUUCAGGCAUGCCUUUGCGGAAUGCCUGGGUGCCUAAAAACAACAGGGACCUGUUAACAGACCAGGACAAUGCUGUAAAUCGGUGUGUGAAACCUACAGGAUUGAUAGUCUUUUUGGGGUUUUAGAAAACAUUAAAAAAAACCUAGUCCCCCCCCCAACAGGAGCACAGAGUAUACCCAUUAUCAACCCACAAACUUAAUUACACCCUUGUGAGGACGGGCAUGAACAGAAGUAAAGACCAGCAGGCACUGGGUUCCCCCUGUAGCAGGGAUACGCCUGAUACUUUACUCCAGCCUCCAGCUCCAGAGACCAUGGUCUAGAUCAGGUGUCUUAGACUCAGCUCUUGGAGAGCCGGGAUAUUUCUGGACAGUAGACAACUUUCCUGAGUUUGGGUUAUUGUCAAAUAAACGGGAUAAACUAUUGAAUAAAAUUUGAGCCGUUUUUCUUUGAUUGGACUAUGCUGCCAUCGUGUGGACAAAAAUUGUCAUUACAGUGUUGAA